AUGUCUGUCCAAGCAGUUCCAGUUGUUCAAUACAAGAUCACCAGCGGUAACGUAGGGUCCGUGUUCGUCGUUGAUCAGGACACCGGAGUGGUGUCUCUGGCUUCUCCCCUAGACUAUGAAUCUAAGAAGCAGUAUUCUCUUCAAAUGCUGGUGACGGAUGGAGAGUCAGUCAGCUACGCCACUCUGAUCAUCUACGUUCAAGAUGUCAACGACAACCCUCCUGUGUUUGAAAGAUCCUCAUACCGAACCCAAAUCACAGAGGAGGAUGAUCGAAACCUACCAAAAAAGAUUCUACAGGUGAAUAUAACUGAUGCCGAUAAGGACAGACCAAGAGAUAUUGUCUACUUCCUUACGGGUCCUGGAGUUGACACGGAGGAGCCCUCUGGGACUCAGUUUUCUAUCAACAGUAGCUCAGGAGAAAUAUACGUUGUUAAGCCACUGGACCGAGAUCUACCUAACGGCCGGCCCCAAUGGAGGUUUACUGUAUUUGCCCAAGACGAGGGCGGCCAAGGUCUGGUCGGUUAUGCGGAUGUUCAAGUUAACCUCAAAGAUGUCAAUGACAACGCACCGUUAUUUCCUGAAGGUAUAAUUUUUGCCAGUGUCAUGGAGAAUAGUACGGCAGGUGUGCUAGUACUAUUAAUGGCAGCGGUCGACUUUGAUGACCCUCAAGAGGGUGGAAAUGCUCAAUUGACAUACAACAUCGAGAAGAAUGUUCUUGACGAGGAAUCAGGAUCUCCCAUUUUUUGCAUAAAUCCAAAAACGGGAGAAAUAAAAACUGCCAUUUGCUGUCUCGAUAGAGAGAAGACACCUGACUAUACACUGCAAGUGACCGCUAUGGAUGGAGGGGGCUUAAAAGGGACAGGAACAGUUUCAAUAGUAGUGACAGACGUCAACGACAUGCCACCGUUAUUCACAAAGGAAGAAUGGGUGACAGAGGUGCGAGAGGACCAGGAAACUUUCGCCACAAUCCUUACCGUUUCUGUCAUUGAUCAGGACGAGACCAACGACUUCUAUUACAAAGUAUUAGACGGAAGUGGAUUCGGAACGGACAAAUUCUCAAUGAGUCGCAAUCCAGAUGGUACCGGAGCUUUGCGUAUAGUCCGACCUUUGGACUAUGAAGAUCCUCUUCAACGAGAUGGUUUUCGGUUCAAAAUAAAGGUGAAUGACCAGGGACCCAACAGUACGGAUGCGUACCACGAAGCUAUCUCAUGGGUUAUCGUACGACUCCUCGACGUUAACGACAAUCCGCCUGUCCUUGGCAAGGUCGAGGGGUUGGUGUUUCUGAGAGAGGAUGUGAAAGUCGGUACGCUCGUAGACGUAAUCACGGCAAAUGAUCUUGACCAAGGAGGUACCGCUGGUGUAACAUUCUCUUUGCUGAAGGAUACAGAUCCCAAAAGACACUUCAAGAUCACUAAGGAAGGUCGAAUCAUUCUUCAGAGACCAUUAGAUAGAGAAAGUAUUCCAUUACAUAAGUUGGUAGUGACUGCUGUAGAUGACGGCUCCCCAGCUCUAACAGCUACUGCAACUCUCACAGUGACGGUUCUGGACGUGAACGACAACUCCCCAGCUCUGUUGCUGGACUACCGUCCUGUGGUACAGGAAAACAGUGCACCUAGGGUGGUGGUCGAGUUGUUUGCACACGACUCUGACGAUCCUGAAACAGGAAACGGACCACCCUUCACUUUCUUCCUAGACACACAGGCGUUUCCGACACUUGCCAAGCUGUUUUCAGUAGACACAAAUACAAGUCAGUUUAGUAAUCUAAGAGGAGACAGUGGUAGAGGUACAGCAAUUGUAUCUGCACUAACAACGCUGGACAGAGAACGCCAAAAAGAGUACUUACUCCCUAUAAUCAUCAAGGAUUCCGGCACUCCUGGUAUGGUGGGGACUAGUACUUUAACCGUUACCGUGGGCGACGUUAACGACAAUCACAUGUAUCCUGGAACCACCGACAUAACUGUCUACAAACUGGAGGGCCAACAGAUUGAUUUACGGAUCGGUCAAGUUUAUGCACGAGACCUAGACGAUUGGGACCUGCGGGACAAAACCUUUUUGUGGGCUUCCAAACCUCAGUCUCAGUUUCGAUUGGAUCAAGAUACGGGCUGGCUGACACUGGAAGAGGGCACUUCCAACGGUCAGUUCCACAUGAAGUUCACAGCAACAGACACAUGGCGUGGAGAGACUGCAGUAUGUGACGUGACUGUUACAGUCCAGACGUUGUCCAGGCAGGCUGUAGCCAACAGCCAAUCACUCACCUUUGAUAACAUAACGGACAGAGAUUUUAUAUCCGUAGUACAGAACCUGCUCAUGGGGUUAUCAGCCAGAUACCAUGACAUUGAGUACAACAAGCAGACUCCCGGAACUCCCAACGAUUGUGCUACCGCCGAAAUCGACAGGUACAUCGCUGAACCACCACUUCCCAGAGAAGGGCGAUCCUCUGUCCUGGUGGAGGAUUCACGAGGCAGUCUACCCCAAAAUCUCAGCAGACUCGUUAAAAUAAACAUGGGGUUUGUGGGUACGUCAAGAAAGAAUGACUCAGCCAGUCGACUGGAUAUACUCCGCAGGGUACUGGCGGAGUUGCUGAACACUUCCGAGUCUGCUGUUGACGUGUUUAGUGUCCAAACAGCGAGCCGGUCUCCGCCUCAGACAGUUGUCAGAUUCUCCGUACGAAAUCAUACACAAUUCUUCAACACAGUUACCCUGGGUGGAAUCUUGAUCAUGAAUCGGCAAGAGGUGGAGCGAGCCCUCAACAUCACCGUAUCAGCCGUAGGUGCAGCCGAGUGUACGGAAGAGGGAAAACAAUGCGAGGGAAGCUGCACUGCCCGUAUCACCGUAUCUCCAAUGGGCCACACUGUUUCGGCGAACUCUACUGUUUUGACGGGACCAAAAGUAACUCGGUCCACCGAAUGUGUGUGUGGCGCGAGAGACUUUCGCCGUCCAGAAACGUGCCAGACCCACCCCUGCCUUAAUGGAGGAUCUUGCUUGGAAACACAGUACGGUCCAACAUGCUCCUGCCCUAAAAACUAUGAAGGUCCACGAUGUCAACAGAUGUCCAGAGAGUUUCACGGGUCUGGCUGGGCGUGGUAUCCUGGCCUCGCCAUUUGUAGCGAAUCCCACGUCAGCCUAGAUUUCAUCACGACUUCUAGUGAUGGCUUGCUGCUUUAUAACGGACCAAUUGCUCCUCCAAACCCAUCCCGGAAAUUAGUAUCAGAUUUCAUCUCGUUAGAGCUAGUGGAAGGAACUAUACAACUUUUAAUUGACUUCGGGUCGGGUUCUGUAAAGCUGACAGUUCCAAUCCGGCUGGACGACGGCGAUUGGCACCGUGUGGAUGUUCUCUGGAAUACUUUGGAUGUUCGGCUGGUGAUAGACUUGUGUAAAUCUCGCUCAUCGGACCUCGUUGAUCGAGACUGGAGCCUAGCCGACAGUUACCACUGUUUGGCUUCCAGCCCACUGCCACUCUUCAAUGUCCAGCUUAAUCUGGACACUCCCCUCCAACUGGGCGGAGUACAUAGUCACAAUUUCCGUCCCUCUGAGUACCGCUGGACGUCGACCCCACGAUUUAAAGGCUUCGAUGGCUGUAUUAGAAAUGUUCUGUACAAUGGUGAGAUCAUUGACCUGGGUUCUCCACCGCUAUCUCAAGGAUCAACUCCUGGAUGUCCUCAUACUCAGACACGCUGCACUUCCGCCUGCUCUCCCUGGAGCACAUGUGACGCUACUCGCUCUACUGCUCGAUGUCGCUGUCACCCAGGCUACUCGGGUCUGACGUGUUCCCUGCCAACCGUGCCCUCUACUUUCUACCCUGGAGGAUUCGUCAAAUACUCUUUAGCAUUCCAGCCAAGCUAUCAUCACAGUCUCUUACAGCUUCGAUUCCGUUCCAGGAAACCCUACGGCGAGUUAAUUCGAUUGAUUGACCAACAUCACAGAGAAUACAUCAUACUUGAGAUCAGUGAGAGUACAUUGCAAGUGAGGCUGAACCUAAACAGCCUGCAACCUCAGGAGAGAAUAUUGAGCCUGCUACAAGUCAAGGUGGACGACGGCAGGUGGCAUUUAGUCAAGGUGUCACGUUUUGGAUCUGCAGUAGUUCUGCAGUUGGAUGGUGGGGAGGGCAGGCGAUACAACGAGAGCUUCCUGUUCCGAGGACACCAACUGCUAGAAGUAGACAAACAAGAGGGUGUGUUUGUCGGUGGUCCAACUCACCACAUCGGGCUCAGCGACAAUCUGACAGUCUCGUCCUUUCAACACGGCUGCCUGGAUGACAUACGAAUAGAAGGUAAACAUCUACCUCUGCCGCCAAUGAUCAACGGCAGCCAGUGGGGCCAAGUAGUGGCGUUCAGAGGAGUCGAGAGUCUUUGUGUAUCUCGCAGUGUGUGCGCCAAGGUACGGUGCCCGGACACGUUUGUCUGCCAAGACAUUUGGAAUGAUUACGUAUGCACAUGUGGUGCUGAUAAAGUGACGACAGCGGAUGGGAAGGCGUGUGUGGAGCGCGACGAAUGUCUGUGUGUGCAUGGUGGCCUCUGUGUCAAGGAGCCUGGACACCGCUCUCGAUGUGUCUGCCCUGACAGCUACCGAGGACAGCGUUGUGAGAUAGCCCAAGAGAGACAGACACUACUAAUAGGGAUGGGCGCCCUGUUUACCAUCGUCGGCAGUUUGGUUCUUAUAUUGUUAUUUUUGGUGCUGUUCGUGGCCUUCACCCGAAGACGUGUGGCAACCAUCAAGAAACCAAACGAAGACGACGUUCGAGAAAACAUAAUCAGUUACCGUGACGAAGGUGGAGGAGAGGACGAUUUAAACGCUGUAGAUCUCCUGCCGCUUGGAGAGAUUAGCAGAAGCGAGAAUCUGAAACGAGAACCUAAGUCUAGAUUACAAGUGCCCGAACUGAUAGAAGGAGCCCGCCAAGAGAUGCGCUUGGAUAUCGAUUUGGUCCCUCCGCCUCCGGAUGACCUUCGAUAUUACGCCUUCGAGGGAAACUGCAACAGUGUGGCAGGAUCUCUUUCAUCUUUGGGAUCUGCUGCCGAAGUGGCCAAAGACGAGUUCUGCAUUGUUACCCUACUGCUGUUGUCCUCCUGA